GGCCAGAGAAGGAGGAGGGGUCGACGGACGAGAGAGUUGGAGGGAGGUGCAGAAGGAAAAGGAGUGGCCUUCUGCUGAUAGUCGCCCGAGUAAAGCCUUCUCUCAGUGGCAGCUCACAGGAGGGAAAACAAACCAGAAGUUCUGAGAUACAGAGCAGGGAAGGAGAAAGAAGAAAAGACAGAGCUGUCUUCAAACCGCAUUUUCUCCCAGGCUGUGUGUAGGUUGUAUACAGCCAUGGCAUCAGCAGCUACAUCAAAAAGGAUGGUGUCCUCUGUCUUCAUCACUCUGGCGCCUCCUCACCGAGCCACUGUGACACCGCAGCAGCCCGUCCUCAAAGCUCACAGCGCCCCGGCCAGAGACAAGCCUCAAACUGCUGUACGAGUCAGCCCGAGUGACAACAUCCCCGUCAGCCGACUUAAGAAAGAGGACAACUCACAGUCUGAGUCUGAGGGCAGUUUAGAGAGCAAAGGCCAGACUCAUCAAGAGGCCUCAGUCAGACAUUCAGACCCCAAGAGCCCCAAACCUGCCCAACCUGAACCCAGCAGAGGAAAGAUUCAAGAAGAUGAUAGAGGGCCUGCAGAGCUCUUCCCUGCUCCUCCUCCUGAUGCAGCACUUCCUUCAUCUUUGGGAACAUCGCUCUCUGAAGAAUCAGCACUUCCACCACCUCCACCUCCACCUGCACAGACGCCUUCCUCCAGCUCUCUGACCCCAGGCCAGCAGCCCAUUUACAACAGAGAGGUGGAAACAAGCACACCAUCUAGUGGGUUAAAACAAGAUGAACAAUCCCAUGGGAUCCAAAAUAAUGGGCAAGACACGAGCAGGGAGAGUAGAGAGGUGUGUGGCUUCUGCAGGAAACCUGUGGCUCUAUCUGAACCUGCAAUAGAGGCCUUGAACAGGACGUACCAUGAUGGUUGCUUUCAGUGUAGAUCUUGUCACAUUCCCCUGGCUGGUAAACAGUACUACAACAAAGCAGGAAUCCCCCUCUGUGAAGACUGCUACCAGGCUAGUCUGGAGCUUUGCUGGGCCUGUGGGGAAGUUAUCACAGAUCAUGUGAUCCGUGCACUGGAGCGAGCGUACCACCUUUCUUGUUUUACCUGUGCAACAUGUAAACAGGAAAUUGGAGAGCAAGCUUUUGCUCAGGGAGAAGUUGGGGAGGUGUAUUGCCUCCGGGACUAUUACAGGAAGUAUGCUCCAAAGUGUAAUGCCUGCAACAAGCUAAUCAUUCCAAAAGAAGAUGGUACUGACAGCUAUAAUGUUCAAUGCCUGGGAAACUCAUACCAUGAGAACUGCUACAGAUGUGAGGUGUGUGUCAUCCAGCUCUCUCCUGAACCAAAUGAACACGGCUGCUAUCCAUUGGAGGGGAAGUUGCUCUGCAAAACCUGCCAUCUGAACUUGGUUUCUGGCCAGCACUAACACUGGCCUUGGAGCCGAGACAAACGAAUGAAAAAAUGUCACCACUCCAGGUUUAAAAAUAAUGGGUGACUUCGCAUGUGCAUUUUACUCUGGAUUACAAAUGUCACACAUAUUUUUCAACAAUGAAAUAUGUUUGUUUUUUCUUUCUUAUUUUGGAAUUUUUUUAUUACAAUAUAUCGUGAUUUCUGAAAAUCUUCCUUUUCUUAUUUUAUACUUGAUACAUUUGCACUCAAUAAAAUACAAAAUGCACCAAAUAUAUUUAUGCAACAGCCUUUUCCAAAAUGUACGGCGAGCAUUAUUUGAGUUUUUUGUAAAAAUCUUAAUCAGUAGGCCUAUAGGCCUAGUGUUUCUCAAUCACAGUAACCCUUUGUAUUAAAAAAACAACUUUAAAAAAGUAAACUAAUAUAUUUUAUCUAGAGGCAGGCUCCAACAUCUCCAACAUGAUAUUUGCUAAAUACACACAUACACUUUCAUUAAGGAUAAACAUGGGAAAGAAGAUUAACAUUUAACUUACAACUGUUAUAUUGGGGAGGAAAUUGACCACGGAUAUUAGAGCUUGAAUAAAAUAAAGUGUAACAUAUACAAUAGCAAUUAUUAUGGACCAGCACUUGAAGAUGCUUUUGAUGUGACUUCAUUUAGAAUAUAUGAAGAUUUUUUACGGACCAUAUAUGUUGUACUUUUGCCUGAAAAAUAGAACUAUUCACACUGAGUUUCAAGGUUAAAGUCUAAUUCAGAUCCCAGCUGAAAUGUCUCGUUAUUUAUGUUCUGUAUAACAAAAUUACAUUUGUGUAUAAAUAUAUUUCUUUGUAUCAGACACAUUUAUUAAAACAUUUUCUGUAAAAAAAA